AUGAAUCCGCUAAACAUCAGGGGAGGCAAAGACGCACUGGGCUUGACAGAUGCAAAAGCUACUCGAUGCUGUGCAUUGACCCUUUUUGCGUCUCCUGCCCUUCUGACGAGCCCGCACUCCCGUCCGCUGUACUACAACCGGAUCUGCGACGCCAAGAGCACCAUCGCGUCUCAACUGCCUCAGCCCUCACUCGCCGACGGUAGCUCCCACCUUUCAGCCAUCACCGUCACGCGUGUGCCCGAGGUAUUAGACUUGAGUAGGACUCGGAGCCCGACCAAAAGCCUCAGGUGCUCCGACUUGAAGCCCUCUUCCGCCAAGAGCCGCGCUGCUGUGGCCAUCUAAUCGACGUCUUUGACGACCAACAACACCGACUCUGUACCGCUUCAAACCUCUCCGCAAAACCGAGUGCCGAAGAGAACGGUUCGAGCGUGCGUGUACGCGUUGAUCCAUGCAGCUCACAUAGCAUGGCUACCACGAUCAAAACCGACCCCUCCAUUGGGGACACGAAUUACCAAAGCGGUAGUGGUAAGUGUAAGUUUUCUUGGCGUCGUCCAGUGCUUUAAUAUCUCCGUACUUUGAAGUUGAUUCUGUUUUGUCUCCGCUUCGCGACUCCUGUAUUCUGUACUUGGCACGCCCGGACUCGCUGCGUUAUUGGCCUACCCCCGUUCAUGCUCUUUUUCUCUCUGCCCCACGUUGAAUCGUACUGCAGAGACAAAACCAGUCUCGUCAAGGCAGCAUCAUUCAACUUCAGCAUGAACGGUGGCACACGUGCCUCGCGGCUCGUAUGCAUGCCGGACGUGGAUUACGAGGCAUGAACGACCUGGAGUUUGCGAACUAUACCUAGCUUGCCUGAAUCGCAUCGAGGCUCUGGGAACAGUACAUAUACAUGUCCUGGCUACUUUCUUUUGCUGUCCAAGCUCGUCACGCUCGCUCAUCACACACACUUUCCGAGGUCGCAUCUACAUAAUUUUCUUUUGUUUUUCUUCAUCUACGCACUACG